AUGCUUUGUGAAAAUUUGAAUUUGAAGAUUGAAGAGUUGGGAGAGGAUAUGGCGAAGGAGAUUUCAGCAUUAGAUAACAAUUAUUCUUCUCUUCACAAGAAGGUUGAUAUAAUUGCUGAUACUAUAACGAAAGUUCUUGAAUGGUAUAAUUCUCUGCUUUCGAAUGUUGAAAAGAUGGCAGAAGAUGAAGUUAAAAGUUUUGGAAAUAUUGACAAAGUGUUGACUGAGUUAAAGGGGUUAGUUUUGAAGUCUGGGUUUGUCUCAUCUUUGUUGAUUUCUCCAAAGCUUCUGUCUGAGAAGUUUAAAUUGUUGGAGUUAACUAUCCAAAAGGAACUUGCACAACUUACAAAGCUCAUCAACUUAAUGCCAACUAGUGCAUUGCCUGUUCACACAGGGGUGAAAGCAGAAGAAAAGGGUGGUGUUGGCAUUGGAACAAAAAUUGUUGAUGUAUCGAAGCUCCAAGUGAUGAACAAAGAAGAUUUCUUAAUAGGUUUUGCACACUUAAAGGUGUUUAUUGAUGGAUACUAUGGUUCUUUGGCACUGACAGGUUUUGAGCUAGCUUUGACAUUGGGAAAACAUGUCACAGUUCCCCAAUCCAUGUUAAAAAGUCAGGCUACUUUGAAAAACUUUGAAGAUGGUGAGAUCUGCUUGAAACCACUGGGAAUUGUGUUUAUUAGAAAGAACAAGAAGGGAAACAACACAAAAUUCCUGUUUCAAGUAUGUGAUGUUGAGAGGUAUACUAUGCCUCAUUAUACAAAUCUCAUGGUUUAA